UCACAGUUUAGAAAUUCACUUAAUGCCCUCAUGACAACCCUUAAUGAUACUACCCCACAUUAUAUAAGGUGUGUUAAACCAAAUGAUAACAAGUUACCAUUUGUGUUUGACAAUCAACGAGCUGUUUAUCAAUUGCGAGCUUGUUGUGUGUUAGAAACAAUCCGCAUUAGUGCUGAUGGCUUUCCUUCUAGAUGGACCUAUGUAGAUUUCUUCUUAAGAUAUCGCGUAUUAUUGGAAUCAAAGAAAAUUAAUAGAAAUUAUCCUAAAUUAACUUGUCAGCAAAUUAUUGAAGAACAUAUUGAAGUAUAUUAUCUAAUAAAGAAAACUAUAAGUUUGGCAAUACAAAAAUAUUCUUCAGAGCUAGUCAAGUUGCAUACUUAGAAAGAAAACGGGCUGAUAUACGUAAAGAUUGCAGCAUACUUAUUCAAAAAACUUGGCGAAAAUACAUAUGCCAAAAAAAUUAUGUACAAAUUCUAAAACAUAAAGAAGACGCCCAAAACAAU